AUGGCUGCUCCUAAGAUCUCAUCGCUGCUCUCUUGCUCUUUCACUUCUUCUUCUUCUUUUUCUUCUUCUUCUGCUAUGUUUUCUUCUAUAGGGAGGAAUUCGUCCCGGAGAAGAGGGAUCUUUAGAUAUAGCACUGCUGCAGCUGUUGAAGAACCAAUCAAUCCUUCUGUUAAUGUGAAUUAUACUCAGCAUUUAAUCAAUGGACAAUUUGUGGAUGCCGCAUCUGGGAAAACUUUUGAGACAUUGGACCCCAGGCUGAAGAAGAGAUCUAGGAUGAUCUUGCGUUUUGCUGAUUUGCUUGAAAAGCACAAUGAUGAGAUUGCAGCACUCGAAACUUGGGAUAAUGGGAAGCCAUAUGAACAAGCUGCAAAGGUUGAAGUACCAUUGAUGAUACGUUUGAUGCGGUACCAUGCGGGUUGGGCAGAUAAGAUUCAUGGUCUCACAGUUCCUGCUGAUGGAUUGCAUCAAGUGCAAACCUUUCAUGAACCCAUUGGCGUUGCUGGACAGAUUAUUCCCUGGAAUUUCCCACUUCUCAUGUAUGUUGGAAGUAUAUUUCUCUAUUGCAUCAAUGCUCAGUUCAUCAAAACCCUAAUCCCAAGUACUUGCAGUGGGGCCGGGCUUCCUCCAGAUGUUCUAAAUGUGGUUUCUGGUUAUGGUCCAACUGCUGGUGCAGCACUUGCCAGCCAUUUGGAUAUGGGCAAGCUUGCUUUCACUGGAUCAACUGUAACUGGAAAUUCUGUUCUUCAAUUGGCUGCAGGGAGCAAUCUUAAGCCAGUGACUUUAGAGCUUGGAGGGAAAUCCCCUGUCAUUGUGUGUGAGGAUGCUAAUGUAGAUGAGGCUGUUGAGCUAGCCCACUUUGCUUUAUUCUUUAAUCAGUGGCAAUGUUGUGCUGCUUGCUCUCGUACAUUUGUACAUGAAAGUAUAUAUGAUGAGUUUGUAGAGAAGGCAAAGACACGUGCUUUAAGACGUACCAUUGGUAAUCCAUUCAAGGCAGGCAUUGAGCAAGGCCCCCAGAUUGAUUCAGAUCAAUUUGAGAAGAUCCUGAGAUACAUAAGAUCUGGUGUUGAAAAUGCAGGUACCCUUGAAACUGGAGGUGAGAGAUUUGGCAAUGAGGGCUUCUUCAUUAAGCCUACAGUUUUCUCAAAUGUUCAGGAUGGCAUGUUGAUAGCACAGGACGAGAUAUUUGGACCAGUUCAGUCCAUCCUGAAAUUCAAGGACCUUGAUGAGGUGAUAAGAAGGGCAAACGCCGCUAGUUAUGGGUUGGCCGCAGGAGUCUUUACCCAGAACUUAGACACAACCAACACCCUGACCCGUGCACUAAGGGUGGGCACAGUAUGGGUUAACUGCUUUGAUGUGUUUGAUGCAGCGAUUCCUUUUGGUGGGUACACGAUGAGUGGGCAUGGCAGAGAAAAGGGUAUGUACAGUCUUCAAAAUUACCUGCAAGUGAAGGCUGUUAUUGCUUCCUUGAAGAACCCUGCGUGGUUAUAA